AUGCCCAUCGACCGAAAUACCCCUAACCACUCACGGCCUCUGAAGCCUGCGCUCGCUAGCAACCGGACCGCCGCAAACGGGAAGACACCCAUAACCCCACGCCUCGCCCUUGCUCCAUCCACACCCUCCAGCAGCUCUUCGCAGAUAAGUCGCACGCUGCGCAGCGCCAAUGGAGUCACCCCGCGGCUCGCCGCCCCCGUCAAGGAGGACACGCCCUCCUCCAAGGCGCUCCUCAGCGCCAAUGUCACACCGCGCACAACGACACGGAGGUCGCGGGUAGGCGUGAGCAGUAACUCAUCCACGCCCAAUGCCUCUCCUGCGACUACCCCUAGCAGCUCGCGCCCCUCGUCCACGAUCGAUUUUGCGCAUAGAGAGCACGGUUCUGCUCAAAGUGGGCCUGCAAUAAAUGCGAACCACAGACCCCGGAGCACUGUGGGGGGUAGCAACCAUAAUGCAAUGCCCACACCGCGACUACCGUUGUCGAACAUCUACAACCACACGCCGCCGGAGGCCAGUCAGGCGAAAGAUGCAUCACCGAUGUUCUUCCAUGCGAGCAGCGUCAAGUCGCCCAGGGAGCAGGUGCCACCUCAGAGAGCACCCCAGAAGAAGGCCGCCGUCUUCUUUCAUGCAAAUGGCGAUCAGGUCAACAGCCCACAACGACCUACCGUCCCGUCGCCACCCUCUUCAGCCGUCGGCCGUCCUUCAUCGGCUAUUGGUUCACGAUCAAAUAGCAAGUUCCUUCAUGCAGACUCGACUCCAGAAGUGCGUGCUCCGCCAAUGUUGAGUCCUACACUCACUGGGACUGUACCAGACCUGGCGCGGAACCCGACUGCGGCCCCUCAGGGACCCCCGGGUCGCGCGGCCUCGCCAACCAAGGAUUGGGGGCACCUGUCUUAUCGCAAAGGUGCUUCACAGAUUAUGCGACCAAACCUGCAUACUCGCAACUCUGCCCUAUCCGUCUUGUCUGGUAUCAGUGUGUCCGAAGAGCCUGACAACUCGAGACGACGGUCGAGCGUCACAUCUUCGCUCAGCAGACCCGGACACUACAAGAGCGCCAGUCUGUCAUCGAUAGACUCUGUCGCAGAUCUCAGAAGAGUACCUUCCCACGAAGGCUACACUACUACGCCGAGUCCCGUGUUCUACGGAAACCGCGUCGUCAGUAACGGCUCAUCGGUGGGCGACAACACUGCGCCUACACCGUCACCCCUGGCCAUCAGCCAAAACGCUCUGCCCUCACCCGGACUGGCAAGUCCAACCAAGCCUGCCGGAGAAAAGAGCGUGCUUGAGAUGAUGAACGACUUAGCAGCAAAUGCUCGACGGGAGCGCAAGGUUCUCGAUCUCGAGAUCAGCAACUCGUCCCUUCUCGCCAUCAACCGCUCGUUGGAGAAAGAAAUGCGCAAGCAAAAGGCAGAGUUGAAACGUCUGCGUCGAAUGAGUCGCGCAGGCCGCUUCUCGAUGGACGCUAUCGGUUCGACCCUAGACACUUUCACUGCAAAGAAGGCAAGCGACCUCUCUGAUAUGUCCGAAGUUGAGGAAGAAGAGGAGAUGCCCUCAGAGGAAGAAGUUGAGAGCAGUGACUCUUCGUUCGACGAGAGCGGGCUUGAAACCAACGUCCAAGCAGAGCGUGACGAGUCAUACCGUAUCGAGGACGAGAAGCGUCUCCAGCUGGACCUGGCCAAGCACCGCGACCUGCUCAUGGAUAGCCAGAAGAUGAAUGAGAGCCUCAAGCGGUGCCUCAGCUGGACAGAUCAGCUUAUUAAGGACGCACAGAAGGCACUUGACUACAAGGUCAAUGUCAGCGAGGUCCGAAUUGGAGGCCGCGUGCUCGUUGUUGAAGACGACGAAGAGGAGGAGACUACCGAGCACGAAGAGGCACGGGGUCUUCUCAGCCCCUGGAGCCCUCCGCAACGCGCUGCAGACACUCUCGACCCACCUGUACCCGACUUCGCCCGAGCAGAAAACCGCGACAGCGGUGUCGAUGUCGGCCGUGUGAAGCACGAUGGCCACGAUCUACCAGAGGAGUUCUCACCGCUCGGCUCGCCCUUUGGCGACAAACUAUCUUACCUUCACGCCGCUAUCGAUGACCUCGAGACAUCAUAG